AUGGGAGUCGGUCGCCGGUUUUACAAGUUGGCGGUCGCCGCGUCGGUAUUGCUGCUCGCGCAUGUGACAGUGUGCGCCAUUCAGCACCGCGAGUACCUCAAGGCGAUGCAGCAGCCCUUCACCUACCCGCCAGUGGAGAUCGUGCUGCAGUGCGCCCUUGUCCUUGUCCUUGGCGCCUGGGGCGUGCUCGUGGCUUUUUGGGAGCGGUCGGCCGGGCGCAACGAGGGUAGGCGGCCGCGAGCCAACUUUGUGCCCAUCCGCACCACGACUCACCUCGCGAAACAGACGGUAGACAGCCUCGACGGCGGGCCUGAGUGGGUGCACUUUAACACGCGACCGCUGCGAUGA